AUGGACUCUGGUGUGAGCGAGUUGCCUAGCCAUGCAUGUUUUCCGGCCCAAUUCCAAACACAUAUAAAAAAUCAGGGCUCGAACUCGUCCUCGAUGAGCCACGAUUCGAUGGCAAUGGCCGAGCCUAUCCCAUCACCGCGCCGAUGGUCUCCCACCUAUGUACCCCGAAGGCGAAGCAGACAGAUGCCCUCUCUCUCAUUUGUAACGUCACCAAUGAUGCCGCGCAGAGAGUCGCAGGACCUUUCUACCUCAAUAUCACGGCGCCCCACAGAUCGUGGCCCAGCAUGCGUGUCGCCCUUCCGCUCGGUUCGAAGAAUGAAAGAACCAUUUCAAUUAAUGCUCCCGACUUCCCCAGCGUCUCUCGAUGGCCCGGCUCCUAUAUUUCCUGAAAAGCCAAGCAGGCCGUUAAAAGUGCCUGCCGAUCACACAUUACGAACAUGGCGCUCAGACCAAAAUCUGACUUGUGGCAGCCUGGAGGGAUUCGGUCUUCUACCCAGCCCGCCUAUAACAGAAUCGCGCCCUGCAAGUGCGGGCCCAGAGUUAUCUUACUUUGAUUCCCAGUCGUCGGAUGAAUCAGGUCCAUCAGGUGACAGGAAGGCCAAGAAGGACGAGUCUGACACCCCUCGACUGGGUCGUUCCACAACACCCGCAACGCUCGAAAUUGGGGAAAGGAUACAGUAUACAGCGUACCGUCCCCCAGCUUGGAAGAAUCAACCGCGAACAGAUGUCAUGAAUGUUCAUGAAGCUCACUCAGAGUUUGUACGCCAGUGCGAGCCUAGCAAUGCACAGGAGUCAAAAGCUCAAUCUCCCAAGAAGCCUGGAACCCCGCAGUCAGUGAAAACCGAAAGACUCCUUGUUCCGGGGAGCUCACCGAGACCCCAACGCCCCCGGACUGGGACAGUGUCCAGUGAAGCUAGCUGGGUGCCAACCAACUUCUCGUACUGCGAAAGAUGGCUGCAAGGAGUACCCGUUGACAAGGUGAAUGACAGGAACUCAUCCUCAAAGGAGUUCAACAAUCGACGCAAGUUCCAGAUCGUUGAGAAUGACCCCCCAAUGCCAAAAUUGGAUAUUAUUCCGGGAGCAAAAUCCCUUGAAGAACCUGUGAGAUUUGCUGUCGCUAGCAAGACAAGACCGAAGCUUGUCGACAUCGCUCGACAAUCAUCACCAUCGCUUCCACUGCUUCCACCGCCGUCAUUGCUGCCACAGAUGGUACCAACGACCCCAGAUCAGCGUCAAGAGGAAGUAUCGGCGUUUAGCCCGGACACUCCACUUAAUCUGUCUGAUAGUGGAUACGAAAGUCGCGAGUCCAGAUAUUCCUUCGAUAGCUAUGAUGAUAGUAAAGGUGAUGAUGACGACGACGAUGCAUACACCGACCCAGGGUCAUUGACCUCUUCGGACAGCGUCGGAUCAACUGUGAUUGGCGAAAGGCCUGAAACUGCGCAGGGAGAGCGCGAGGUAAGCCCACAACCUGAGAUCAGAUCGGGCAGCGUGAGCCCAAAGGCCUCAUCACCACCAGUUCAUUCACCAGGGCGGGCAUCUAUCAUGUCCGAAAAGGAGGAUGAGAAACCACGGCUAUGGCAACAUGACUGGACGCUGGACGACCAUGAAUGGACCCUGGAUGAGUUGGACCACUCUGUCAAAGAUUUUCCUCGUCAUAUGCUCAGGCUCGCAUCUCCGGUCAUUGUUUUUCUUCGCAAAAACGACGAGAAGACCCUCAUCAGGCCCUUCCGCACUAUAUUCCCCGACGUUACAGAGAACCUACUCGACUGUCUCUGUGCUGCGCUCCUUGCUCGAAACUACCUCCUUUCCCUGCCAAGCCUCCACCGAACUAAGCCAUCAGUCUCUUCGCGCAAAGACGCAUACGCUGUCGAUGGUGUUCCGAAAAAAGCAUUUACUACACUAGGCAUCCAGCUUCCAUCUGGAUCUACCAACAAGCCUAAGGACCACCUCUUCAGCUCUCGCAGCAAGGACCUCCAGGCACACCUCGACCGAACCGUGGACAACCUCCUAUUCGCCAUAUGUGGUCGAUCAGAUACUACUUUGAAAUCGGCUGUUGAAGUUCUCGCCCAAGUGCUUGAAACCAAUGCUUAG